AUGCUUUUCUGGAUGGAAGGACAUAUCAGCAUCGUGCAGCUCUUGUUGAGAAACGGUGUCGAUAUCAAUACUCCGCCCAUGAGGUAUAAGGGGUUCACAGCCCUACAAGGCGUUGCAUUUGGUGGCCACGGCGAUAUCCUCAAACUCCUCUUGGACGCCGGGGCAAAUGUCAAUGCGAGGGGAUCUUAUUAUAACGGAUAUACAGCUUUGUCUGCGGCUGCCAAAGGUGGGCAUCGACAGAUUGUUGAGGCUCUACUUCAGGCUGGCGCCGACGUUUCAAUUGCAUCUGGGAAUACAUUGUGGACACCUUCGCGGAUUGCCAUAUUUCGAGGACACACAGAUAUUGCGCAAUUGUUGAAGAAGCGAGAGGUUUGGGGGUGUCAGGCUGUUGACUGA